UGUGGCGCGCCCGCGCCCCGCGCGGAGGACCUCAGCCUGGGAGUGGAGUGGCUGAGCCGAUUUGGCUACCUGCGCCCAGCUGACCCCACGACGGGCCAGCUGCAGACACAGGAGGAGCUGGCCAAGGCCAUCGCCGCCAUGCAGCGGUUCGGGGGUCUGGAGACCACUGGCGUGCUGGACGAGGCCACCCUGGCGCUGAUGAAGACCCCUCGGUGUUCCCUCCCCGACUUUCCGGCUGUGGCCCCCGCUCGGAGGAGGCGCCAGGCUCCGGCUCCAACCACGUGGACCAAGAGGAGCCUGUCAUGGAGGGUCCGCACGUUCCCGCGGGACUCCCCCCUGGGCCGGGACACUGUGCGCGCGCUCAUGCACUACGCCCUCAAAGUCUGGAGCGACAUCACGCCCCUCAACUUCCACGAGGUGGCGGGCAGCGCCGCGGACAUCCAGAUCGACUUCUCCAAGGCCGACCACAAUGACGCCUACCCCUUCGACGGCCCGGGCGGCACGGUGGCCCACGCCUUCUUCCCCGGCGACCAGCUCUCCGCGGGGGACACCCACUUCGAUGAUGAUGAGUCCUGGGCCUUCCGCUCCUCAGACUCGCAGGAUAUGGACCUGUUCGCCGUGGCCGUGCACGAGUUUGGCCACGCCAUCGGGCUGAGCCACGUGGCGGCCCCGAGCUCCAUCAUGCAGCCGUACUACCAGGGCCCUGUGGGCGACCCGCUGCACUACCGGCUCCCCUACGAAGACAGGGUGCGCAUCUGGCAGCUGUACGGCGUGCGGGAGUCCGUGUCCCCCACAGCACAGCCGGACACCCCAGAGCCCGAGGAGCCUCCCCUCCCGCCAGAGCCCCCCAACAACCGGUCCAGCACCCCACCCCGGAAGGACGUGCCCCUCCGGUGCAGCACUGACUUCGACGCGGUGGCCCAGAUCCGGGGCGAGGCCUUUUUCUUCAAAGGCAGGUACUUCUGGCGGCUGACCCGGGACCGGCACCUGGUGUCGCUGCAGCCAGCGCAGAUGCACCGCUUCUGGCGGGGCCUGCCGCUGCACCUGGACGGCGUGGACGCCGUGUUCGAGCGCACUAGCGACCACAAGAUCGUCUUCUUCAAAGGAGACAGAUACUGGGUAUUUAAGGACAAUAACGUAGAGGAAGGAUAUCCACGGCCCGUCUCAGACUUCGGCCUCCCGCCGGGCGGCGUCGACGCUGCCUUCUCCUGGGCCCACAAUGACAAGACUUAUUUCUUUAAGGACCAGCUGUACUGGCGCUUCGAUGAGCACACACGGCGCAUGGACCCCGGCCACCCCGCCCGGAGCCCGCCGUGGAGGGGCAUUCCCAGCACGCUCGACGACGCCAUGCGCUGGUCCGACGGUGCUGCCUACUUCUUCCGUGGCAAGGAGUACUGGAAGGUGCUGGAUGGCGAGCUGGAGGCGGCGCCCGGGUACCCGCGGUCCACAGCGCAGGACUGGCUGGUCUGCACAGACCCGCCGGCGGACCCGGAGGGCGUGGACGGGGAGGCCGGGGCCCACGCGCGACCAGGACAGCGCGGCCAGAGCCGCUCAGAGGACCGCUUCCAGGUCUGCUCCUGCACCUCCCCCGCCUCCCCUCCCCCGAGGGCUAAGGGCCUGCUGCUGGCUGCCACACUCCUGCUGCCCCUGAUGGCGCUGUGGACAGCGGCCGGCCCUGGCGCUCUGACAGCCACCGGCCUGUGGCGAGAGGGGCAGACGGGUCGCCGCUGGGGCCUCACGGGGCAAGGACUGGUGCCCCCACCCCUACUGCACCUGGACGGAUGUCUCCUCAAUGGCCCCAGCCUUGCAGAUCUGGACACGCUGUGGGCCCUGUUCGUGCCCUGCACGCUGGCAGGAGGCCAGCAGAGGGCGCUGCCCCUAGGCGGCUCACGGCAGAAGGAGCAAACACCUGCCCUUCCUUUUCUGCCACGAGGUGGCCUGACGGCCAUCUGUGAGUUGGGCAGACUCUGCCAAGGCCGGGCUGGGGACCGAAACCAUCCCUCUCGUGAGCAAGCAGCUGCAUCCCGCAGAACUCGAAUGAUGAGCCGAGGGACGCAGGGCCAGGGGCGGGGGGCAUUCGGCGGCCACGCUGCCCCCAGCCCCGCUGCCAGCCCACCAGACCCGUCUGUCAUCCACACUGCUGCCCCUGGUGCUCCCGCCCACCGUCCCUGGGAGCCUGCAGCUGCCUGCCCCGGGGAGCCCCUGACCCGCAGAUGAGUCCCCCAAGUUGGGGCCUCUUGAUGCAUUUCAGAGAAACAUGACCACUCCUUGCUCCUCAA